AUGGCUCUAGGUGGGGUUGAGGAAUUGAAUCGAGAUUUUGCUAAGUUGAGUCUAGAGGUCAUUCGGGAAGGUGAGCUGCAACAGUGCUUUGGUGCUUUGGCUAUACAACCUUCAUUCUUCGAAGAAAUUUUGAGGUCGCAGGAUAAGGACCCGAAACAUAUAAAGUUAAAAGAGAAAGCUCGUGAGGGAAAAGCAGAGGGAUUCUUUGUUCAUGAGGAUGGGGGUUUAAGGUUUAAGAGCCGAUGGUGUUUGCCGAUGGGUGAAACGACUUUGAAAGAGCGUAUCUUAGAUGAGGUUCAUAAUUCGAUGUUUUCUGUUCACCCAGGAGGUGAUAAGAUAUAUCAAGAUCUUAAACUGAUGUUUUGGUGGUCGGGGAUGAAGAAGGAUAUUGUGGAAUACCGAUGUGAAAGUGGGAUGACAUAUCGAUGGACUUUAUCGUGGGGUUCCUCGAACAAAAUCAGCUAUACCCGUUAUCUGUCGCAUUUUUGGAAGACUUUACAACAGGCUAUGGGCACUACACUGUUGUUUAGUAUGUCGUUUCACCCGCAGACUGAUGGGCAGACGGAAAGGACAAAUCAAAUUUUAGAGGACAUGUUGCGAGCUAUUGCCAUGGAAUGGCAAGGGUCGUGGGAUGAUCAUUUGGAUCUUAUCGAGUUUUCUUACAACUAUAGUUACCAUACGACAAUUCAGAUGGCUCCAUUUGAGGCUUUGUAUGGGCAUCGUUACCGAAAUCCGGUGUAUUGGGACGAUUUCGCUCAGGCGCGUCGUUCAGAAGAGUUUAACGUUGGGGACCGGGUUUUGCUACGAUUAUUGCCGAUGCGUGGCGUUGUUCAUUUUGGUGCUCGUGGGAAGUUGAGCCCUAGGUUUAUUGGUCCUUAUGAGAUUUUGGAACGAGUGGGUAAGAUGCCCUAUCGGUUAGCUCUUCCCGAUUCCUUGGAAAAAGUUCAUGAUGUGUUUCAUGUGUCUCAGUUAAAAAGAUAUUUUGCAGCGACCUCUCAUGUUUAG